AUGGCUGAGGCAAUGAAACAAACCGUAGCAUCCAUGCUCAAAGGGAUUGAAAGGUAUAAUCCUGACAACUUACCAACUCUUGAACGCUAUGUAGAAAUCCAGUCCCGUGAGAAUGCUUAUGACCUUGAAGCGAAUUUGGCUGUAUUAAAGCUGUACCAGUUCAAUCCCCACAGUUUCAACAUCAGUGUAACAUGUCAAAUUCUACUCAAAGCACUCACAAAUCUUCCUCACACUGAUUUCAUACUGUGCAAAUGUCUUUUAUAUGAGAAGCAGCUCUCUCAAGAACCAAUCAACCAAAUAGUUUACCUCGCUGAUAUUCUGGAACAAUGCGACUUCCAGGUCUUCUGGACCAGAAUCCAUACUCUCCCUGAUCUUACCCAGUCGAUAACUGGUUUUGUUGACUCUAUACGCAAAUUUAUUUGCCAUGUGGUUGGUAUAACAUACCAAACCAUCGAACACAGUCACUUGGCACAGUUGCUGGGGGAUGUAGAUGACAGUACGUUGAAGUUGUGGAUUAAAAAGUAUGGGUGGAAAGAGAUGGGCAACUUGGUAUUUAUCUCCAAUCAGGAUGAAAAUAUAAAAACGAAGAAUAUCAAUGAAAAGAUUGAUUUUGACAGUGUUGGUGCUAUUAUGGCUUCAUGUCGCUGA